AUGGAUGUCGUCGCAGCAGUGUCCGGGUACCUAUCCCGGAUGGUGACUGUCGGCGACUCUUCUACAGCAGGCUCCUCGUCGUCCAAGAUGAAGAUUCUCCUUCUUGAUAGUGAGACACGGCAGGKUCCGAUCGUUUCGACGGCGAUUACCCAGUCGGCGCUCCUCAAUCAUGAAGUCUACCUCGUCGAUCGUCUGGAUAAUCAAGCACGAGAGAAAAUGCGACACUUACGGUGUAUAUGCUUUGUGCGCCCGUCGCCGAAUUCCAUACAACUGCUUAUUGACGAGUUGCGAGCCCCGAAAUACGGAGAGUACCACCUGUUCUUCACGAAUAUAAUUCGCAAGUCAUCGCUCGAGAGACUUGCUGAGGCGGACGAUCAUGAAGUUGUACGCGUGGUGCAGGAACAGUUUGCGGAUUUCAUCGUGAUCAACCCUGAUUUGUGCUCGCUCAAUCUAGGAUUCCCGUUGAGUAGGUUAUGGAGUAAUAGCCCCGAUGUGUGGAAUAGCGACGCGUUGCAGAGGACGACGGAGGGCGUGAUCGCCAUGUUACUGGCACUGAAGAAGAAUCCAUUGAUUCGUUACGAGAAAAAUAGUCUCAUGGCCAAGAAGCUCGCAACAGAAGUGCGCUACCAACUUACUCAAGAAGAGCAACUCUUCAACUUUCGAAAGACCGAUACCCCUCCUAUUCUUCUCAUUCUCGACCGACGAGACGAUCCUAUAACGCCUCUUCUCACACAAUGGACAUAUCAGGCUAUGGUACAUGAAUUGAUUGGUAUUCACAAUGGUCGAGUUGAUUUGCGCGACGUCCCUGAUGUUCGACAAGAACUGCAGGAAAUAGUACUGUCGCAGGAUCAAGACCCGUUUUAUAAAAAGAACAUGUACCAGAAUUUUGGAGACCUGGGAGGGAAUAUCAAGGAGUACGUUGAGCAGUAUCAGGCCAAGACACAAAGCAAUAUGAGCAUCGAGUCAAUUGCAGACAUGAAGCGAUUUGUGGAGGAUUAUCCAGAGUUUCGAAAAUUAUCGGGCAAUGUCAGCAAACAUGUGACUCUAGUUGGCGAGCUUAGUCGUCGUGUUGGUGAGGACAAUUUGUUGGACGUCAGUGAGUUGGAGCAGAGCCUGGCAUGUAACGACAAUCAUGCCAACGAUUUGCGCUCAUUACAAAGAAUAAUUCAGCUCCCCUCUGCCAAAGCUGAAAAUAAGAUCCGCUUAGUCGCGCUCUAUGGCAUACGUUACGAAAAGCAGCCCAAUAACUCACUGCCGGUCUUACUUGAUCUGCUCUCUGCUGCUGGUAACGUUCCACAACAUGAAGUCAACAUCAUCUCCAAACUACUUGCGUACCACCACUCUCUACAAGCACCGCCAGUAGCGGGUGGCUUUUCCGACCUUUUCGAAUCUGCUUCUUUAUUCUCGGGUGCUCGUGACCGGUUCAGGGGCUUAAAAGGUGUCGAGAACGUCUACACACAACACUCACCUCGACUAGAGGCAACACUACAGAAUCUUAUAAAGGGCAAGCUGAGGGAGCUACAAUAUCCCUUCUUGGAAGGUGGUGGGCAUACAAGGGAUAAGCCGCAAGAUAUCAUCGUUUUUAUGGUAGGUGGAGCAACGUACGAAGAAGCCAAGUUGAUUGCCCAGAUCAAUGCCAGCUCCCCUGGAAUCAGGGUUGUUCUCGGAGCGACCACGAUUCAUAAUAGUACGACAUUCUUUGAGGAAGUCAACGAUGCAGUCAGCAACUGGCCAGAGCCUACUCCUGGCUCGGCGGCAGGGCGACUGCGAAGAGAGCUAGGGCGGUGA